AUGCUGAGGAGGUGCAAGGUCAGGUUGUUAUUGACCCAACUGAGGUGGCCGAGACAGGAUGCGACCCCUAUUGAUGAUGAGGUGGUCGAGACAGAUACAUCCCCUAUUGUUGAUGAGGUGGUCGAGACAGAUGCGACCCAUAUUACUAAUGAGAUAGAGACAGAUGUGAUUCCUAUUACUAUUGACGCUGAGACAACUGACGUUGAGGCUAUUGCUGCUUGUGAUAUAAAGAAUAUGGCUCCUGCUUCGAUGGAGCCAUCUGUGCACACUAACAGAGAGUUCCCUGGAGGACCCAGUGAUCGAUCAGUGCUUAUAGAAUAUGUUGACUAUGUGGCAUACUGA